GCAAACCGGAAUCUCAACACUCUCACAAGUCAUUCAUUAUCCGUGCCCAAAAGUUCAAAGCGGACCCAUAAACCCUAUACAAACAUCACUAGUUCUUAAAAAAUGGUCAUGGGAGGAUCAAAUUGCUUCUCACCUGACAAGCAAGAAUCAUCUUUAUCAUCUUUACUAUCCGAUAGUAGCGGUUCUCAGCAGGACUCGCCCAGUUCGAACGAGAAAGUCUUACUAGCAACAAGUCGUCCGAAAAAGCGUGCAGGGCGGAGGAUAUUCAAGGAGACUCGUCAUCCAAUCUUUAGAGGUGUUAGGAAGAGGAAUGGCGAUAAAUGGGUUUGCGAAUUGCGUGAACCAAAUAAGAAGUCACGUAUUUGGCUAGGCACAUAUCCUACACCCGAAAUGGCAGCCCGGGCACAUGAUGUAGCUGCUUUGGCGUUUAGGGGAAAAUCAGCUUGCCUUAAUUUUGCGGACUCGGCAUGGAGGUUGCCUGUGCCGAUUUCAAAUGAGGCCAAGGACAUCAGGAGGGCAGCAAGUGAGGCAGCAGAGUUGUUUAGGACUACAGACUUUGGUGGUCAAGAAAUGGAAUAUUUCAGGAGGGAGGACCGUGGUGAAGUUUGUAGUAGUCCUAAUGAUGACAUAAGAGAUUUGCCAUCUGAAAAUGUGGGGUAUAUAGACGAAGAGGCAGAAUUUAACAUGCCAGGGUUGCUUGCUAAUAUGGCAGAAGGCCUUCUACUCUCUCCUCCACAUUAUACUGGGGACUGGAAUGACGGGGAAAUUGAUGCUGAUUGGUCGUUGUGGAGUAGUUAAUUUGACGUGUCAGGGUUUUGUGUAUUUUUCUCUUCUAGCUAGUUACAGAAAUUCAAAUUUUUUGGAAAAUGUUUGAUCGGAGGAAUUAAUGUCAUGGGAUAAGUAGUGUG